AUGUCGACUAUAGCUUCGCCUCGUCCUAGCUCCUCUAUACGUAGCCCCUCUUCCACACGCAACUCGUUCGAUGGCUCCGCAAGACCUCCGCCAAAUGCGCGGCGUAAUCGCGCAGCGCUUCGAGACUACUAUGGAAUCAGGAACGCCCAGAAAGAAGCAGAUGCCAGAAUCUCAGAAGAGCCGACCAGGACUGGGCUGGGUCCAGAGGAGGACGAAACCUUGACAGAGCUGGAUGCUGCCGACUUCAACGCCGAGGCCUUUGUGGACAGCUUGCUUGCAAAGGAAGGCUUGCAGGGCGUGCUGAAAGUGGAAGCCGAUCUUGUAUCACAGAUACGGAAUCUCGACAGCGACCGAAAAUCACUCGUCUACGACAACUAUUCAAAGCUGCUAUCUGCGACCAGCACGAUUCGCCGAAUGCGCGGGAACAUGGACCCCUUGGCACCUACUACACACACACUUGGCCCAGCCAUCUCGCACAUUGCUGAGACUGCUGCCUCGCUCUCGUCUUCUAUGCGAGGGCUCCAGAACAAACCAGAAGGCUUGGGCAUCGACAUACAUGUGCAAGGAGAACCGAUGGAGGACGAAGCAGCUACCAAAAAGCAGAUGCAGCAAGAGACUGUCAGAUGGGUGCUGGGUACGCCAAGACGUUUACGUGAUUUGAUUGAUCAAGAGCAGGAUGAGCAGGCUGGAAAGGAGUGGGAGGAAGUCAGCAAGAUCCUCGACCAGUGGAGAAACGUCUCUGGUGUUGAGGAUCUCAGAGCAGCAUGCGAGAGUAUUCUGAACGAGGACGCAGAGUCAGAUUGA